GCAUUUCAUAUUUCGUUUUCUAAACGUUAGAACGAAUGGAAUCUUUUGAUGAAAUUAUAGGAUUUGUGUUCUUCUUAUCAGUAAUAGUCCUAAGCGUAACAUCUGGUCCUAUCUCUCAUAUUCUACUUAGCAGAGAGGAUUUUUCCAAUAUUCUUAAAUAUCAAUAUAACAUUGAUAAUUCAAGUUCAAAAAGAGUAGAUAUAAAUGAAUCAAUAGCCAAGACUCUACAAUCAAAAGAUGUUUGCGUAAUUACGCCAUACCAAGGUGGAAGUAUUUACAUCUGCGCUCUUAGUUUGUAUUACGCAAGAAUACGAGAUUAUUCAAUAGAUGGAUGGAAACUUUGUACUGGGAAGAACUUAGGUAUUAAAAAAUAUAUGGAUUAUUUACCUUACAUUGCUGGUAUAUCACCGAUUUUCUAUGCAUAUAACCUAUAUUUUAUGAUAAAAACCGUUAAACAAAAUAAGACUGAUUUGGUAUGCUCAAGUGGCACAUCUCCUCAUCAAUUAUCAACGAACAAUGAAACAUCUCCAAGUACUGAAGAUAUUGAUGAUAAUCAAACAAAUCAGGGCGUAUCUUCCACAAUUUGUUAUCAAAAUCAAUCCAUACCUCCACCAGAAUAUUCAAAUAUCGAAUUUAAUAGAAUGGAUGAGUCUUACGAAUAUCCGCCACCAUACGAUUCAAUACCACCAAGCUAUGAAUCUUGCGUAUUUUCAUUGAAAAAGGAGAACACUUCAAACGAUAAUUCAAAUAAACCCGUCUGA